UUUCUGGUCUGAAAAUUGCUCGGUUGGUUUAGAGUUCUGAGGACUGGAACAAGAAUCUGGUCCUGGAAGGCAUUGACUUUGAAGACAGGACAGACAGUUUUUUAAGUUUCACGAGUGUGGCAUUAGCAUCAAGAAGAGCCAGUAGAGCCUUAGAUUCCUCAACGAGGCCACGACUUCUCGCUUUUGCUUUGCUCAAAAAAUGCAAAGUUGGUUUUGUCUAACUGAUGGAGCCAGAAAAUUGCUCAGCUUUGAUGAUGACUCGGAAGAGAAAGUCCCAAGAAGAGAACUGCAUUUCAAGCACAUUUUUGAUGGAUGAGCUUAAUGAAGACCUUCUUGAAGGGGUCCUUUGUAGGCUACCGACCUCUGCAUUUUUCCGCCUCUCUUCGGUUUGCAAGAGAUGGAAAUCAGUUGCAAGCUCUUCAAGUUUCAAGCUUGCAUGCUCCCAUAUCCCUUCUCGGGAUCCAUGGUUUUUCAUGGUCGACUCUCAUCUUAAUCGAUCCAUUGUGUUUGACUCUGCUGAAAGAGACUGGAAGAAACUUAACCAUCCACCUCUCCUCCAGAAAAGCUCCAACUGCAAUGCCAUGCCUGUUUCAGCCUCGGGCGGCUUUAUAUGUUUCCGAAAUCCAUAUGGCAACUUUGUCGUGUGCAAUCCUGUGACAGGAUCCUGCAACGAGCAACCUCCACUCGAUCCAGCCCUCCAAAGUCUCACAUUCCAUGCCAUUGUCAUGAGCGCAUGUCCCAACAAGCAUGAUCAGUCCUCGUACAAGCUUGCAGUUGUCUUUGGUGAGCUUCCGAAGCUGUCAUUCCGUGUGUACAACUCCAGCAGCGGUUGCUGGGAAGAAGAGAUUGCCUUGUCCAAGAAGUUCAACGAUGAUGAUAUUUCAAAAGAACUUGAUGAUUCCACUGAAUUUGACUCGAAUGAUGACAGUGUGUACUUCCUCAGCAAGGCAGGAAAUGUAGUGACGACCAAUAUGCAGAGAAGCCCAUCUAAGCAAUACUCAUCAGUUAUCACUAGCAAAGAUGGCGAGGAAAUAGUCCAUUUCCUUAGCUCCUCGGGUUCAAUUGUUGCUUGCAAUCUGACCUCCAAGUGCUUCAUUGAGUACCCGAGGCUACUUCCCGUCUUCUAUGAGUACUCCAUUGACUUGGUGGAGUGUGGAGGGAGGAUGCUGGUUGUUCUGUUGUCGGAAUUCUUUGAAAGUGCAAGCCUUAGGAUUUGGUGUUAUGAUGAGGAUGUUCGAAGUUGGCAACAAAUUGCUGCAAUGCCUCCAUCGAUGUCACAUGAAUGGUGUGGCAAGAAUGUGGAUAUUAACUGUGUUGGGGCAGGUAACCAGAUACUGAUAUGCUUAAGCUCAGCUGAGAUUUCUAGCUGUGUUAUGUGUGACUUAUCUGCUAAUGAAUGGGAUGAAUUGCCCAAAUGCUUUGUGGAUGGUGAAGCCAUCGAGUUCAUGUCUGCUUUCUCAUUCCAACCAAGGAUCGAGGCUUCUCUAUGAUUUGGGGUUCUUGGCGUCGGAUUUUUUUUUUCUCUUUUGUUAUAUUAUUUCUCAAAAUUCUAUUUGCCUGCUGCUAUGUUUAGGCAAUUCUUAGCCCCUCAUUAAUUUGGCAGAAGUUCUUCUGUUUCUUACCUUGUGCGUUAGAUUAUAUUAUGAUACAUUGCUAUUUUCAAAAAUAAUCUUUAGCAAAGGGGAAUUGACCUCCAGGU